ACAAGAACUCACAUACUGUACUGGAGAUAAACAUUAUCAAUAAGAUGUAUGAGGGAGGAGAGGAUUUAGUCACAAUCAAUGGUACUCUACAGAGAAACAUAAACACACAGAUUGGUAAAACACUUCAUAAAUGUGAUGUUUGUGCCAGAGAAUUUAGUCAAAGUAAUCACUUAAAGAGACAUGAGAGAACACAUACUACUAGUGAAAAACUUCAUAAAUGUGACGUUUGUGCUAUAGAAUUUAGUCAAAGUAGUCACUUAAAGAGACAUGUGAGAACACAUGUUGGUGAAAAACCUCAUAAAUGUGAUGUUUGUGAUAGUAAAUUUUCUAUAAGUAAUAACUUGAAGAGACAUAUGAGAAGACAUACUGGUGAGACACCUUAUAAAUGUGAUGUUUGUGCUAGUGAGUUUUCUCGCAGUGAUGAACUAAAGGCACACAUGAGUACACAUACUGGAGAUAAUCCUCAUGACUGUGAUGUAUGUGGUAGAGGGUUUAGACAGGUUAGUAGUUUACAGACACACAUGAGAACACAUACAGGUGAUAAACCUCACGACUGUGAUGUAUGUGGUAAACUGUUUAGUCAGCAUGCUUCUUUACAGAGACACAUGAAAAUACAUACUGGUGAUAAACCUCAUGACUGUGAUGUAUGUGGUAAAAGGUUUAUUCAGCAUAGUAGUUUACAUAUUCACAUGAGAAUACAUACAGGAGAUAAACCAUAUAACUGUGAUGUAUGUGGUAAACGGUUUAGUCAUCAUGGUGCUUUACAGAGACACAUGAGAAGACAUACAAGUGAUUAACCUCGUGACUGUGAUCGGUAUAGUCUACAUGAUAGUUUACAGUGACACAUGAUAAUACACAAAGAUGACAAACCUCGUGACUGUGAUGUUGUGGUAAACAGUUUAUUCAGCUUGGUAGUUAAAAGGGACACAUGAGAAUACAUACAGGCGAUAAACCUCAUAACUGUGAUGUAUGUGGUAAAUGGUUCAGUCAUUUGCAGAUUCACAUGAUGAGUAAACAUCAUGUACAUACUGGAAGUAAAACUCAUGACUGUGUGGUAAACGGUUUAUUCAGCUUGGUACAUGUAAUUUACAGAUUCACAUGAGCAUGAUGAGAACACAUACAGGGAAUAAACCUCAUUACUGUGAUGUAUGUGGUAAAGGGUUUAGUCAGCUUUGUAGUUUAAAGAGACACAUGAGAAUACAUACGGGUGAUAAACUCAUGACUGUGAUGUAUGUGAUAAAGGGUUAAGUCAGCUUGGUAUUCGUAAUUUACAGAUUCACAUGAGAACACAUACAGGGGAUAAACCUUAUGACUGUGAUGUAUGUGGUAAACUGUUUAGUCGGCUUUGUAGUUUGAAGAGACACAUGAGAAUACAUACUGAGGAUAAAGCAGAUAACGCUCACAAUGAGAUAUAUGGGGUUGAGGUUCAGUGUGAGUGAUAUUUACAUAGACACAUGAGAACUUGUAGUCAAAUCAAGGCAAAUCUAAUUUUUGUGCCAAAUGAUUUAUUGGAAGAAAACCAUUUUAAGACUUGCAGAAAACACAUGUACAUUUUUUACUUGUGACAAACAUAAUAGAUAUUGUACAAGUUGUUUUCAGAAGAAAUGCAUUAAAGAGGCACAUGAGAACACAUGCUGGAAAUAAUUAUUAAAACUUAUAAUUUAUGUGAUGUAUUUAUUAGGGGGUUUAGUAAUAAUGGAAACUUACAGACACAUGAACUG